AUGCAAUUAUAUGGUCUUAUUUUCGUUGUAGAAAAUUGUUCAUAUCCUGUUCCUUUGCAAGAUGUUUCAGUUGAAUCGAAUAUCGUUGAUAUGAUAGCCGAAACAACGGUUUGUCAGACCUAUAAAAAUGUUGAACAAAAUACGAUUGAAGCCAUCUAUAAGUUUCCACUUCACGAAGCCGCAGAAGUUUGUGGAUUUGAAGCUGAAAUUGAUGGAAAGAAAAAGGUUAAAGGAAUAGUCAAAGAAGCAAAGCAAGCUGCAAAGGAGUAUUACGAAGCUAUUCAGCAAGGUUAUGGGGCUUAUCUACUUGAAGAGCAACUCGCAGAUAUUUUCCAAUGCUCCAUUGGUAAUAUCACGGCAGGUCAAACUGUUGUUAUCAGAAUUACCUAUGUAACCGAACUAAAACAUGAUGCUGAAUCUGAAAAUGUUCGGUUUGUUUUCCCUACUGCUAUCGCUCCGCGAUAUGGUUCAUCCGAUUAUUCUUCUUCAAAUGAUGGGAAAAAACUUAUUCCUGAUGUAGUGUCUUAUACUUAUAAGACUGAUUAUUAUUUAAAGCUUGCUAUUACAUGUAGAAUGACUUCUGUUAUUCAAAGUAUCGAAUCACCAUCUCAUCAUAUUUCGGUAGAAUUAAAUAUUAAUAGCAAUCCAAAUGUUUCAAAGGUUACUCUAGCCGAACAAAUUACUUAUUUAGAAAAAGAUUUUAUACUUGUUGUUAAAAGUCUAGGUCUCAAUCAGCCAAGGGCCUUUGUCGAAUAUAACCCUAAGACGGAAACUAAUAGUGUUAUGCUAACUUUAGUACCAAAGUUUGCCAUUAAUGAAGCAAUGUCCGAAUUGAUAUUUGUAAUUGAUAGGUCUGGUUCAAUGCAAGGUGGACCUAUUAAGAAAGCAUCUGAAGCACUCCAAUUAUUUCUUCGCUCAUUACCUGAAAAUUGUCUUUUUAAUGUG